GGGGUAGAGAUUGAGGGAGGGGGAAGGAAGCCGAAGCUCCCACCCCCUCUAGCCGAAUCUGUGGAGAGUGUUUAGAGAGAAGGGAGAGUUUUUUUCUAGAGAGAGAAGCGAGAGACCCCCUUCUAAUUGCUUGCAUGAAACACAUCCUUGCAUCAACAACUACUGGCCUUUCCUGCCCUGCACUCUUGUGGGUUCUGAAAACUCCCCCUAGUUCUAUCUUCUUAGUUCUUGCAACAGCUUUUCUUCCUAAACAUCAUUUUGAUCAAAUAUGGCUGGUGAGCAACAAAUGAAACCUACCUCCGAGCUCCUUUUGAUCGUCAAUUUUUGUAUGUACGUCGUAGAUUUGGGAAUUGGUGCUCGGGCUAUGAAUAGAGUAAUAUUUGAUCAUGGCUUCAUCAUUGGACCCAGAUUUGAUCUUCUGGCGCAUUUUUUGCCGAUAUACUUUCCGAUAGGAAAUGUUGCCAUUGGGUUCUUUGUCACGUUUUCUUUGAUAGCCGGAGUUGUUGGUGUUGCAUCAGCAAUAUCCGGACUCAACCAUGUCCCUUCUUGGACUGCUGAAGGCUAUUGUUGCUUGGGAGAACGAUGGAAUCAUUCCUAAUCAUCCUGUCAGCGACACAGCUGUUCCCUCUAGUUUCACAAAUUGAAGAGCCUAUUGUACGCAAGUUAGUUCAACUAUUUACCUGCUUGGAAUUAGAUGUAUUUCCUCACAACGCAUUGUAGGAAUUAAGCACAGAAAUUGACUUUUGACCAA